AUGGUUUUCAAUCUCUGCCAUGGCUGCUCUAAAGGUGGGAAAUUUGUGUUGAGGAUUGAGGAUACUGACUUGGAGAGGUCGACUAAAGAAUCUGAAGAGGCAGUACUUCGGGAUCUUUCUUGGCUUGGUCUUGACAGGGAUGAAGGUUAUUGCUUAGAGGAAAUGAAACUUUACGUUUCAGACAAUAGGGUGAUUUUGACUAAAGGUGUUGAUGGCAUCGUACCAUUCAAGUAUUUUGAAAGAAUAGAAUCAUGGCCAGAUAAACGACCUAUAGCCAUCCAUAAAUAA